AUGGUUCGAAUAAUUGCGAUGAUCAAUCGAAUUGAUCCAAGUGUAAAAACUUACUGUCAGUUUUAUUAUGAAGAAGGAAAUAAGCAAUUGACGUCUGAAGUUUUUGAAUAUUUGAUGAUAUGGAAGCAACAAUGGAUGAUGUUUGAUGAAAAUGGUUACUUGCCAUAUCUCAUUAGUUGUAAAAAUCCUAUCACGGAUAUUCCAACCUCAGUUUCACUAGUUGAAAGAAAAUGCGAUGAACCAACCAACAAUCUCAAAGUAAUUUUUAAUCAACCUGAGAAUGAAUUGAGAAAACCUUUUGCUGUGUGUGCCAAACAUUUGAUCUUUGAUGAAGACAUAACAACGAGACUUAUUGAAUGGAUUGAAAUUGUUUCCAUUCUUGGAGCUACUAAAAUAUAUUUUUAUGUUGUUCGCGUCCAUCCGAAUAUUAUGAAAGCUUUAAAAUAUUAUGAAUCUAAAGGAAUUGUCGAGAUAGAAUUCAUUGUGGAUUUAGAACUGUCCAACGAUAGAAGCAAAGAAAAAUAUCACAAAAUUCUCAGCCAAAUGGUGGCGGUGAAUGAUUGCUUUCUAAAGCACAUGCAUGAGUAUGAAAUAAUCUCAAUAUUUGAUACUGAUGAAUUAAUUAUGCCAACAAUUGAUGAAACAUGGAAAGAUCUUCUUGCUCGCAAUUCUUACAAUGACGACUUGCCUCCUGCUUUGACUUUCACGAAUUUAUAUUUUUUCAUAGGCGACAAUUCAGCUGAUGAAACUAAAUUAGAAAUUCCCGAAGAUUUCUUCUUUCUUCGACAUAUCUAUCGUGCUCAAAAUCAUUCCCGAAAAGGACUUGCUAUGAAAGCUUUCUUUAAUCCACAGAAGGUUCUUGUGAUUUGCAAUCAUUUCCCUUUGGUUUGCAUUAAAAAAGGAGUUUCUUCUCGAAAAGACUGCAAGGUUGAGUUCAUAUCAACGGAGUUUGGACGUCUUCAACAUUACAGAUCAAAGGUUCACCUUGGUUGCAAUAAAGAAUACACAAAGGAAGAAUGUGAAGACUUCGAAAACAAUCAAAUUAAGGAUUUGACAUUAUGGAAAUAUAAGAAUGAAAUUGUAGAAAACGUUUCAAAUGUUAAAAAGAUUAUUGGGAUGAGAUCUGUUAAAUCAAUUAAAUCAACUUUCACAAUUCAUGCAUUUGAAGAUUUUAUUUAA